AUGGUUGCCGCCAACAAUAAUACUCGAUUGUGGUACACAGAGCCAGCAGAAGAAUGGACUCAAGCGCUGCCUAUCGGUAACGGACGACUGGGCGGUAUGGUGUUUGGUGACCAUGCUGCGGAACGAAUACAGGUCAACGAAGAGUCUGUUUGGAACGGCGGCUACAGGUCCCGGCUGAACCAGAACGCGGCCGAGACAGUGACCCAAGUAAGAGAGCUCUUAGUCGAUGAGAAGGUCAGCGAGGCCCAGAGGCUUGCGAAUCUGGGCAUGGUGUCUACACCCCAGUCGAUGAGACGUUAUGAAACGCUUGGGGACAUCUCGAUCGAGUUUGAUGGCAUCUCAGAGUACACCAACGGCAGCUAUCGACGAUGGCUAGACCUGGAGACUGCAAUUGCUGGAGUCACAUUCGACAUCAAUAGCACGACUAUCGAGAGGGAGCUAUUCGUCUCAGCACCGGAUGACCUCAUGGUUCAUCGGCUGACAGCGAAUGGGGAUCAGAAGCUCUACAGCGAGAGCGGCGAUACGACAUUAAUGACUGGUACUGCUGGCGGGUUUGAUCCAAUCACCUUUGCUGCCGGCCUGCAUGGGCAGACUGAUGGGACUGUUCGCACGUUGGGAGAGUUUCUAAUCGUGGAAAAUGCAACGGAAGCAAUCAUAUACUUCGCAGCCGCAACUACCUACCGCGUUCCUGAUCCUGUGGCUGCCAUCAAGCAGACUUUCAGCAAUGUUCAUGAGUAUACAUAUGAACAACUACGCCAACGCCACAUUGAUGACUACCAGGCCUUGUACAACACCUGUACGCUGGAGCUCGACAGUACUGCAUCAAAGGGCACAGAUCUACCCACGAACGAGCGCAUCAAUGCUACACAGGCUGGCGAGACAGAUCUCGGACUGAUCGCACUGCAAUUCCAGUACGGGCGAUAUCUUCUGAUCUCCUCGUCGCGGCCGGGAACCCUACCUGGGAAUUUACAAGGAAUCUGGAAUGAAGACUUCCAGUCAGAAUGGGGCUCCAACCUCCACACUCCGCUAUUUGAUCUGAUCGAGACUGUUCGCAAGAACGGCGCAGAGACCGCCCGGCAAAUGUACAACGCCUCCGGCUGGGUUGUGCACCACAACACCGACAUCUGGGGCGACACGUCCCCACAAGAUCGCUACCCGCCUGCCACCUACUGGACCUUGUCCUCUGCAUGGCUCUGCACGCACAUCCUCGAGCACUACUCACAUACAGGAGACACCGCCUUCUUACUCUCUAAGCUCGACACCCUCAUCGGGUCUAUCCAGUUCUACCUCGACACCCUCCAAACCUACUCAAUGAACGACUCCACCACCUUCCUAGUGACCAACCCGUCCACCUCACCUGAAAACACAUUCUACGUCCCCGUCACCAACGAUACCGGCUCCAUGACAGUCGGCCCAACGUGCGACUUCCAGAUCCUGCGCGAGCUCUUCACCGGCUUCCUCUCUGCUGUCGCUACCUUGCCCACCUCAAGCAGUACCGUCUCCCCUGCCUUCCUCACCCAAAUCAACACGACCCUCUCGUCAUUCCCACCAUAUCAAAUCUCAGCCCGCUACCCUGGCGUCAUACAAGAAUGGCUGCACGACUACAAAGAAGCCGAGCCCGGCCAUCGCCACAUCUCCCACCUCUACGCCCUCUACCCAGGCACAUCCAUCCCACCGCCGUCCGCGCCCAAGCACAACGCCACUCUGUGGGACGCCGCAUCCAAAACCUUGGAAUACCGCCUCUCCAACGGCGGUGCCGGCACAGGCUGGUCCCGCGCCUGGACGAUCAAUUGGUAUGCUCGUCUUCUCAAUGGUAGCGCACUCGCAGAGAACAUCUUCCAGUUCUUCAACAGCAGCACGUACCCGAAUCUAUUCGACGCGCAUCCGCCUUUUCAGAUUGACGGCAACUUCGGAUUCACGGCGGGCGUGGCGGAGGCGUUGAUGCAGAGCCAUUUCGUGGACGAGGAGGACGGAGCUCGAGAGGUGUGGCUGCUGCCGGCGCUUCCGGAGGCGUGGACGGAUGGCAGGGUGGCAGGAUUGGUGGCGAGAGGUGGGUUCGUGAUGGACGUGCAGUGGUCGGAGAGCAAGGUCAGAGGAGUGAAUGUUACGAGUAACUUGGGCGGUAGGGUCAGCGUCAAGUAUGAUGUGAGUGGGAUGGGAGGGAAUGUGACUGUCGCCCCGCUUGGCAACGAAAGUUACGAUGGAUUUCAGGUACUUGUUGAGCAAGGCAAGUUCACGCUUGACACUACUGUUGAUGGCAAGUACGUAUUUGAACUUGACUGGGAUGUGGAGUAG